AUGGCGACCACUAGCAGCAGCCCCGAGAUCACUGGGGGUGUCGAAGAGUACCCUCGACCCUCUCAGAACGACCCUAGUUCUUACGAAGAAAAGGUUGAUAUCAAAGAUGAUACAGAAAGUAUAGCUGAUGAACAUGGGGAGGAAGUCGAAACCGACCCAUUUGUCCCAUUCCCAGUGGACCCAAACGCACCAGUAGAACCCCAUGAUAGGAUAUUAACUGUGCGCGCGGUUGUGGUUGGGUGCAUCUUAGGUGGUUUAGUCAAUGCUUCCAAUGUAUAUCUCGGUUUGAAAACUGGAUGGACAUUCGGAGCGAACCUCUUCGGCGCUAUUUUCGGAUUCGCAAUCUUGACUUUCUUUAGCAAGACUUUUGGGGAGAACUUUCCCAUUCUCGGGGGCUCCUUUGGGCCCAAGGAGAACUCGAUCGUUCAAACAUCUGCCACGGCUGCUGGAGGCCUGGGCGGGAUCUUCAUCUCUGCUAUUCCGGCUCUGUACCAGUUGAAUCUGUUGCAUGAUCCUGUCAAGGACUUUCCCAGGCUGCUGACCUUUACUAUUGUGUCGGCGUAUUAUGGGUUAUUUUUCGCUACACCACUCCGCAAGUUCUUCAUCAUCUACGUCGCCCGUGAGCUCAAGCUCAUCUUCCCUACGGCGACUGCAACAGCCAUGACCAUCGCUUCUAUGCACUCCAUAACCGGUCAGGGCGGGAUCAAUGCAAAAGCCAAAACUCGCGCCCUCGCAAUCACUUUCUGUGUCUGUAUAUGCUUCCGCGUAGCCGCCGCCUACAUUCCUGGUAUACUGUGGGACUGGCACUUCUUCAGCUGGUUCCAUGUAUGGUCUGGAUACAGCAGUGUCGCUCUUGCAGUCGAGAAUUGGGGCUGGAUUUACGAAUUCACACCUGCGUUUAUUGGUAGUGGCAUGCUUGUUGGGCUGAAUCCUGCGAUCUCAUUUUUCGCAGGGUCUGUACUUGCUUGGGGUAUCAUUGGCCCCGGUCUUGUUCACAACGGCCUCGCGUCCGGCGUUGCCUGGUAUGGCCCCACAGACCCCGAGUAUGGUAAAUGGAAAGACCUUGUCAGCUUCUACUCUUUCAACCUCGAGGACCCCAUCCACAACCCAUCACCCAGAUACUGGCUUCUGUGGCCUGGUGUUCUCGUCAUGAUUGCAUCGUCGUUUGCUGAGCUUGGUGUUCAGUACAAGCUCAUCUGGUUUGCGCUUAAGAGUGCCUGGAAGGGUAUUGCUAUGGCCAUGAACAGUGGCGUUCAAAAGAUGGGAAAGACCUCCACAUUCUUGGAGAGACAGAGCCACAUCAAGGCGGAACAUGUCAUCAAGGACUCUGCACCAGAGGAGGACCAGGUUCAGCUGUGGCAGUGGGGACCAGGUCUUAUACUCAUCAUCAUCGCAACCUGUAUCAUCCUUGGACUUCAGUAUCAUCUCGAUGUCGGGAUGUCAAUCCUGGCAGUCCUCCUCGGGUUUAUAUUUGCGUUCCUGGCAAUCCAGUGCACCGGUGUUACCGACACCACCCCGCUCACCACGGCAGCAAAGGCAACACAACUCAUCAUGGGCGGUGCCACAUCCGGUGCCGGCUUCCCCAGAGAGACCGCACAGCGCAUGAACCUCAUCGGCGGAGCCAUCGCAUCGGGUGCUGCCUCGCAGUCCACUGACCUUGUGGUUGACUUCCGCGUUGGUUUCCUUCUGGGUACACCCCCAAAGCUUCAGUGGUACGCGCAGGCAAUCGGGAGUAUCGUCGCCAUGUUUAUGUCUCCUGGCAUGUUUAUCCUCUUUAUGAAGGCCUACCCCUGCGUUCUCGAUCUCAAUGCCGAGCGGUGCUCCUUCUCGGCGCCGAGUGUGUCUGCAUGGCGCGCCGUCACCGUUGCAGUGACGGAUCCCCAGAUCCCGAUUCCCCUGUCAUCGGGCAUCUUUUCGAUCCUGCUUGCAGUCCUUUCGAUCAUUGUCGUCCUUGUACGACACAACUACCUGGUUGGACAUCGUGAGAGAUACAGGGUGUAUGUGCCGAACUUUAUGGCGAUGGGGCUGGCGUUUGUGCUGCCCGCGACACAGUACUCGACGGCCAUGCUGACGGGCGCGAUGGUGGCGUACUUUUGGGCAAAGAAGAAUGCCGUCAGCUUUGAUCUGCUGUGCUAUGCGAUCGCAGCGGGGAUGAUUGCGGGUGAAGGAUUGGGGGGCGUGAUUAAUGCCAUCACCGAGAUUGCGGGCGUGGGGCCAUCGAUCUAUGGGCUUUCGGUUGGAUGUCCUGGCGAUUCCUUCUGCGGAUGA